ACUGUGAUAAAAGCUGUCAGAUGCUCUGCUCGGACCUGCAGCCUACACGUUGCACUGCUAGAAUGGGAAAGGUUCAUCAGGGUGACAGUGAUGCCAGAGAAACUCAGAGUGAGCUCAGUUUAGUGCGGGUCAAAGGUACAUGGAAGAGCAAACUAGGGAAGAUCAACAAGGACACGGUCGACUGUGUUUCAGCUGCAAAAAUCUAUGAAAGCACUACACUCAAGGGCACCUCCUGGACCGUGGUCAGUCCCAUCACGUUUACAUACAAAGUCACGGAGACUCAUGGCCUGCUGGACCCAAGCAACGACACCCUCCUGCUGGGCCACAUCACCGACCCGCAGCAGCUGGAGCUCAUUAAGAAAUCAAACAAACCAAUCAGACGAUUCAUUGUCAUUGACCAACAAGUCUGCGAUAUCUAUGGGCCUAAGCUAACUGAAUACUUAGAGACUAACAAUGUUGUGUACAAGAUAUUGGCUCUUCCAACCACGGAAGAGAACAAAUCCAUGGAGACCGCCCUGAAGAUCCUAGAAGAGGUCAACAACUUUGCCCUGGACCGCCGCACAGAGCCCAUCAUCGCUGUUGGUGGAGGAGUGUGUUUAGACAUAGUGGGCCUGGCUGCUUCCCUCUACAGGAGGCGAACCCCUUACAUCAGGGUCCCGACGACACUGCUCUCCUACAUCGACGCAAGCGUCGGCGCAAAGACCGGGGUAAACUUUGCAAACUGCAAAAACAAGUUGGGUGCCUACAUUCCCCCUGUCGCCGCCUUCCUCGACCUGUCAUUCAUAAAAAGCGUUCAACGAAGACAUAUCUCAAAUGGGCUGGCAGAGAUGUUAAAGAUGGCUCUGAUGAAGCACAAGGGCCUCUUUGAGCUUCUUGAGGAACACGGCUCUAUGUUAUUGGACACUAAGUUCCAGGCGGACAACUGCGUGUACGGGAACAGCAGCCCAAAGGUUGCUUCACAGGCCACACGUAUUGCCAUCACAACAAUGCUGGAAGAGCUCGCCCCAAACCUUUGGGAGGAUGACCUAAACAGACUUGUGGACUUUGGCCACCUCAUAAGUCCGGCUCUAGAGAUGAAAGUUCUCCCUUCUCUGCUGCAUGGCGAGGCAGUGAACAUAGAUAUGUCUUACAUGGUUUACGUUUCCCAUGAAAGUGGGCUAUUGACAGAAGAAGAGAAGCAAAGGAUCAUCAACUGCAUGAUGGGCCUGGAGCUCCCCGUUUGGCAUGAAGAGUUUACAAUGGAGCUGAUACAGAAAUCCCUGCAGGACAGGCUAAAGCAUUCUGGCGGCCUGGUCAGGAUGCCUCUCCCGGUCGGCCUCGGUCAAGCAGACAUUUUCAACAACACAUCAUAUGACAUCCUGCACAGAGCUCACAUCAAGUGGUGUGAAGAGCUGAGCAUCUCGUCUGACAGCAGCAACUGUGACGCUUAGUCUGCACAUUUUACUCCAACUAAAGUGUUUUUUGUUUUUUUUUUCUUUAAGAAAUAUGUUUGAAUUAAGCAUGGCUUUACGUGAAUCACACCGAUGGAGCAAACUGUAUUAGAUGUAGACUGAAGUCUGCAGCGUUUCCAGAGGGAAGGUCAGACGUGGGGCAGCUGUGUGUACACUGGCAGUACACAGUCUUCAAAGGUUUAAGGCAGAAAUAUGUCCGUUUUUUUAUCAAUUGAAAUUUAAAGGGUAAUAAAAUGCACCAAAAUUAUUUUCAUAGUUUAAUACUUGUUGAAUUUGCUCGUGAUUUCAAUAUAAAUGCAGCAACAUUAUAAGUAUAAAGUGUAAGUACAUUAUAUGUAUGGUCCAUUAAAGAUGUUUUGCUGA